GCUCGCUGUGCAUGCGUACCGCGCUGCCAUGGCCACACGCGCAUCUAUAUACUCGUUCAACAACAAACCGAUAGUCCUGCGCUACUUGGUCAGUUAGCGUGAUGCGUUCCUUCGCCGCAUUGGAGUUUUCUCUACUGUCAGCGCUUCUAUCGUUGCAUUAUGCAAGUGGUGAACUAGAGCUACUAUUAUCCGGCUAUACUAAUAUCCCGACCGAUGGUAGUGCAGUACUGGCAAUCCCAUACAUUGGGACGCACGACCUAGGAACGGCUCUCGUUUGUCGACACGGGCUCACCGGCAUCCCGCCGUCCGCCGCCAUCGACAAGUGGUUCUUUGUACGCGAGAACGGAGACGAGGAAGAGAUAUCGAGCUGGCAUGGUUUCUCGGUGAGCCGGGGCCAAAUGCACGGGGAGGUGAGAUUGGAGAGAGUGACAGGAGCCUCGCCAUUAGAGGGGACCUAUAAAUGCUCAGUGGAAACCAGUCCUUCGGUGAUUGAAACUGUCACAGUCGAGCUAUACUGGCCAUUAUCCAGUCUUGAGGUAUCGAUUGAGGUGUUGUGUCAGACUGCGGAGAGACUACAGUUUGCAGUGAGCUGCAGGUCAGAGGGAGGGAGUCUAGUAGGCAGCUCCCUGACUGGACCCCUUGGGGAAAUCCUCGGCCAACUUACACUGGUGGAUAACGAGGUUGAAAUGAGAGGCGCCGACGUCUAUUCCCUGGUCGUGGAGAGGAGCGAGGGGCAGGAUGGAGACGUGUUCAACUGUACUGCUGUCACAAGAGGGUCUAGUCACACGGCGAGGAUUGCUCUCUCAGUUGCUGCAGAUGUUGAGAAAGCGGUGGUGACCCAGGUACCGUCUGCGAGCCCUACUCUCAAUAUCAGUUGGAGUCUAGGGCCAGGGGGUGCCCCUAUAAUUAACUACACUCUUCACUACACCAGUGCCGGUAUGGACGGAAGAGGUGACGACAAUGGCAGUGUGGCUACAGCAGGGAACAAUAGUGUGGGUGUCAUAGAGGGCCUGUUGGGAGAUGGACGGACAUACAGUGUACUUGUCGAGGCACAUUCGCUCCAUCUCAGUUCAUUUUCUGAAACUCUCGUCUACACACCAUGCGUUGUUUCUCAGUUGUUGCUGAGUUCAAAGACGCACAACUCUCUACUGCUAACGUGGGAAAGACCUGAAUACUUCACUGCCGGUCUCAGGGGACUGGUGUACUACGAACCAUUGCCUCGGGAGCAGGCAGGAAGUGAGGGCAUGUGGCUAUUCGUGGAGAGUGACUCUGACUAUCUUCCACCUCUCGAGGGAUUACAAGAGUUAACUAACUAUUCUAUAAGUAUGGCAGUGUUGGAUGACACGGACAGGCUGUGCGUUUUCAACGAACCACUUGUAGCUCAGACAGGGCUAGGGCAAGUGCGAGAUCUCAAAAUCUCAGCAGAGAGGAAUGAGAUUGCAUUGACUUGGUCUCCUCCUCCUUCUGCUCCAAGAGGGUUGUCCUUAAACUACACCGUCACCUACACCUCCUCUGCUGACAAUAGUCGGACUACCACGACCACCACCAACAACCAGAGCUGGAGAAUUCGAGCCAAACUGGGCGACGUGUAUACCGUGACGGUCACACCGAAUGGCAAGUUUUGUUCAGGAGAAAGCCUGGCUGUUACCAUUGGACUAGACUAUAAGUCAUUUCAGAUACGGAUUGACAAUGUUGAAAGAUGCGGCGACAUUUUGUACAAGGAUUCCGAAGCUAAACUAUCCUCAGUGGUGCUUCACGUCCAACAAAUCCUGAGCAACAGCUGCAACUGCGAUGCUCUGAUCGGCGAAGCUGAAUUCGACUGCCUCGCUCACGAUGAGAAUUUCGUCAUUUUUCGCGGUGUCCUCUUUGCUCCCGCGACGACGACCUCAGCUUCUCUCUUCUCUCAACUGGAAGAUUGGGUUGCUAGUGGACCACAGAUAACUAUUGCCAGCACUAACACUGUCAGUUCUAACUGCAUGCCAGAUGAAAUGUAUGGAGAGUCAACAGAAUGCGUGGCGGCUUCUGUUACAUCGACUGGAAAUGGGCCACUUGUGACACAAGAACAGGGGGGAGAUCACGGUGUGGGUGUGUUGGCUGGUGUUGCUGUCGGUUGUUUUGUAGUCGGAGUCCUCAGCUGCUGGGUUCUCCUUUUCACAUUUCAUCUUGUGAGAAGACGGCAGAGGAGGAAGCAAGGGGUGGUCCUUCGACAGCAAGCUCACGGACUCAUGUCAAGCAGUAGCAAUGGGUGCAGUGAGAACCCACGAUACGUAUCCACAGACCAACAAACUGCCAAGCCACUACCACCGCGAGAACUCCCUCUCCUACCUCUAAUUGCUCCUGGCGACACGGUCACAUUCACCAACCCGCUAAUUGAUAGGGGGGCCCCUGAGAAGAUUACAACCGAGGCGUACGAAACGGUCCCCGAACCGGGAAAAGUACAGAACCCGAUGUACGAGGUUUCGGGUGUGAACGGGAAGAGAGAGAGACGAGCGCAGCAGGAGGUCAAUCCAUCGCAGUACGAAGACAUGCAGCUCGUCAACCUGUCUCAGUACGAAGACAUGCAGCAAGUUAAUCUGUCUCAGUACGAAGACGUUGAGCUGGUGAAGAAGGAAGUUGAGGCACGGAAGAAAUGGGAGGAGGAGUACAUUAUGAUGCAACCAACAUGUCCUUCCAAACCAAAUGGGUGUGUCCCUCCCUAAUUGAGUCAUUAUCCAUUGUAGUGUAUAUACCUGUGUGCUAUAUUUUGUGUGUUAGCAUUUUACCUCAAAACAGUUUUGAAGUGCUAAUGUCAUGGACACUCACUUGGUGUGAAUAAGCUGUGAGACACAAAUGUGUAAUAUACAAGUAUAAAACUGCCUUUAUAAUUAUUGUCUAAACGUUUUCUUGUACAUUUCAUGCAUGAUAAUGACCGAUAUACUGUU